CUUGAACGAUGUCGUCGGAAGAGUUUACCCGUCAAAUAAAUGGUAGUGAUAGCCCUCAACGUGGUUUUGGAGGUCUUAUCCCUCGUGAAACCGAGGUUGUAGAUUUCCUUCUACGUUUUUGUGAUGGGCUUCAUCAUCGCAAUGCUGAGGUUGUCAAAGCAUUAUAUGAACAGGAGUUAAUUACCAUAACAGAGAAUCAUUUUAAAACAACCAGAUGGCCUUCAAUCGCAGCAGUGGCUGGAUUUUACAGUCAAAGUGGCAGGUUACACAGUUUGAUCAUGGCUCUAUAUUCUGAGAUAUACUACCGUCACGUCUUUUAUUUAGGUGACGUAACAUUUGAAGAUCGCUUAGAUUCAUGGGAAAAGUAUUCUAAGUUGUUGGCCUACUUUAUCGAUGAACUCGAGAAGGGUGAGGGUUCGGACACACUUAACAGUUUGGUAAUUCCUGCUUCUUGGGUGUGGGAUAUCUUAGAUGAAUUCGUCUACCAACUGCAGGAGUGUUGUAGAUGGCGCAGCCGCAUUAGCCGUAGCGAUUCCAAAGCUCUUGUGAGUGAUGCUAAGAUUCAUUCUAUUUGGAAGGUCCCUACUGCCCUGGAGAUGUUACAACGCCUUGCCAAUAAUACUGUCUUUCAGAAUAUGUCCCAUCCAUCACAGAGGGAUGGUCUUGAAGCUGCAGGUUUGAGUUUCCAGCUGGGCUACUUCGCUUCUAUAUCGCUUGUUCGUCUUCAUGUCCUUUUGGGCGAUUACCACACUUCUGUACGUACUGCUACUAGUAUCGAAAUUUCAAGCAAAUUCCUGUACUGGAAAGUGCCUUCAUAUUAUGUUUCGCUGUUUUAUCACUUAGGUUUUGCAUAUAUGAUGUUAAGGCGAUACAGCGACUGCAUUAAGGUACUAUCGCAGAUUCUUAUAUUUUUAACUAAGCAACGUACAUAUUUGGCUAGCCAGAGCUAUCAGCAGGGUUCCAUGGCUAAGCUGGCUGAAAAAAUGUAUCUCAUGCUUAUUUUAUGUCACACGACUACGAAGAUUCGCCUUGAUGAAACAAUAUUACAGACUAUAAAGGAACAAUACGCGAAUCGUUUCUACCAGUUGCAAGGAGAGAACGAGGAGGCUUUUCGUGACGCCUUUCUGAAAAGUUGUCCCAAAUUCAUUGAUGCUGCUAGUGGUAGCGGAUCUACUACUGAUGAGGAGUCGGACAUUACUGGUGGCUCCCUUAAUGAGCCAGUGCAGCGUCAGUUGAAUUUGUUUUUGAAGGAAAUUGGUAAUCAACGUCGUGUUGACGAGAUUUACUCUUUCGCAAAACUAUAUCAUAACAUAAGCCUCGAAAAGUUGGCUGCACUUAUGAAGCUUGGUGAAGACCGCGAGCUAGUUCGUUCAUAUGUUUUAAGUGUGAAGCACCAGACGAGGCAAUUUGCAAAUUCAUCCAGCGGUGGCGACGUCAUCCCUGGUACAGCGGAGGGUGACAUUGAUUUGUAUAUUGAUCAAAACAUCUUAUACAUCAAGAGCAAGAGGAGCCAGAAGCUGUUUGUGGACUACUUUUUGCAACAAAUUAACCGUUGCAAAUAUACGUUCCGUAAUUUGCAAUCAAAACGUGAAGAGCAGGUUCAAGGUAGAAAGGAAGCUGCUAUUCAAGAAAGCUAACACAAUUUCAAUAUU